UACAAAUAUUCCAGCAUGUUUUUAGACCGGCUUUACAAAUUGUGAAAACUAAGUUGGCAGGCCAGUCAAUCAGCUGGUUAACUCCGAAAGGAAAACAAUGACUCGGGAAUCGGCAGUCGCCACCAACAGAAAAUGGGCGAUUCUGGCCGCAGGAGUAGGCUUGGUAUACGUUCUGGUGCGGCACAGGCAGAGGCUGCUGGGUCCACUGCGUCGCGUGUGGUCCAUCGGCAGUCUGGUGCCUCAGCGACACAUAGAAGUGGUCAACUCCGUUCAGGAUCCUGCCACGCAAUGGGUUUUGAAUGAACUGAAGAAUCACUGCCAGACUUUUAAAGUCCUCGGAUUCGACUGCGAGUGGAUCACCGUGGGCGGCAGCCGCAGGCCAGUGGCCUUGCUCCAAUUGAGCUCCCACCGGGGUCUAUGUGCCUUAUUUCGCCUGUGCCAUAUGAAACAAAUACCCAAGGACCUGCGGGACCUUCUCGAAGACGAUGCCGUAAUCAAAGUGGGCGUGGCACCCCAGGAGGAUGCCAUCAAACUCUCUCAUGACUAUGGAGUGGGUGUGGCCAGCACAUUAGAUCUGCGAUUCCUCUGCGUAAUGGCAGGUCACAAGCCCGAAGGACUGGGAAAGCUUUCCAAAACUCAUCUGAACUAUACACUGGACAAGCACUGGCGCCUGGCCUGCUCCAACUGGGAGGCCAAGAAUUUGGAGCCAAAACAGCUUGAUUAUGCUGCCAACGAUGCACUUAUGGCGGUGGCCAUUUAUCAGAAGCUGUGCAGGGAUCUGCAACCAAAAUACUUCUGGCAACGAGUCCAACUGGACGACCAUAGCUUGCGCAACAAAUUCGAACCCUUCCUCGACGUGGACUUUACGAAAGGUUUUUCACUCAACCCAACCGGCGGUGGAGUGACUCAUUCGAAAGGCUCAACCCAAUUGAAAAACAAUAAUUGGCUGUCCAAAAAGCAACCAUACCGGCAAAUGGCUACCCGAACCAAGGAUUUCUACGACAACUGCCUGCUGCAGGCGCCCGACGGCGAACUCCUGUGCACCAUUGACAGGCGCAAGGCGUCCUGGUAUCUCAGCCAAAAUCUGGGCACUCUUAUAAACGAAGAGCCCUUUACCGUGCGCCUUAACUUCGAACCAGCGGGUCGAGCGGUGGGAGAUGUGGGCCGCUACUAUCAAACUCCCAAGGAAAACCAGUGCGUGGUGUGCGGUGACCGGGAUGCCUACAUUCGAAAGAACGUAGUACCGCGGGAAUACAGGAAGCACUUCCCGCUGGUCAUGAAAUCUCACACCUCCCACGAUGUGCUGCUCCUGUGCCCCACCUGCCACCAGCUGAGCAACAUCUCGGAUCUACGGGUUCGUAGUAAACUGGCCGACCAGUGCGAAGCUCCUUUUAAGCAUGAAGACGGAUCCGUCAAGUUCCACGAUGAUCCGCAGCUCAAACGCGUCCAAUCCGCUGGCAAGGCCCUACUUCACCAUGGCGCGAAAAUACCCGCUGCUAAGAAGGCUGAAAUGCAGCAAACCCUCCUAGACUAUUACACCGAUCAAACGGACAUCACUGAAGAGCUCCUGCAGCAAGCAGCCAAUGUGGAAUACCGUGUGGAGAACACCGACUACUGUCAGCAUGGCGAGCGGGUAGUGCAGCAAUAUCGCGAUAAAUUCGGCGGCCUUGUGGAGCUGGAGCGCUUGUGGCGGGAGCACUUUCUGCACACCAUGCAACCGCGCUUUCUGCCCGAACUCUGGAACGUCAACCACAACGCCGAUCGACUGGAGGUUCGCGCCAGCGAAGGACGCGUCGAUAAAGCCGAUCUUCUAGUGGCCGGCUUGGAUGCAAAGGUUAAAGAAAUAUGACGCAGGACAUCUCUGAGUUUGCCACCGGCUUUGUACGUUUUAUAUUUCAAUUUCAAUAAAAAUAAACUAAAAUUUGA